AUGGAAUCAGAAGCGGCACUUGGUACACUACCGGCUGCCUCUAUAGGUGAACUAGAGUCUCAAGACCUACGGGACCAAUUGAGCAACGAUGUUAUCCGCAGUUUCGGCGUCGAAAACGGCAAUGCCCUGCACAUUUCCAUAGAUGACCACCCCAUCACGUUGCCUCUCUUCUCGCCAGAGGAAAUCUUCACCAACCCAUCGACGUACAGUCGUGAGGAAACUAUCGACUGCCUACAACGAGGUAUCGGUCAAUUCUGGGCUGAUGAUUUGGCUGCCCAACAGAUGGAUGCCGGUACCAACAUGCAGAACCCUCCUCAAGAGCAGAAUUCCUCUCAAGAACAGAGCCCACCUCAAGAGCAGAGCUCCCCUCAUGCUCCAAGUGCCACACCUGAGGUCAAACCCAUACCUCAGGCCAAGGCUCGGGGUGUAAAGAGAACGAGGGCAUCUGAACCCGAGUCUCGAGCUGCAAAGCGACCUGGCAGGAGAAAACGCCAGCCCGCGACCAAGGAAGCGAAGUCUGAGGAGCCCCGUCGUUUGCGAAAACUUCUACCGAAGCCUCCUCAGCCAAAGCUUGAUCAACCAUGCGCUUUUUCACCAAUGGCCCAUGUACCUCAUCAACAGGAAUUCCAGGCCAAUGGGCGAAGCGCAUAUGGUAUGGGCGCUCCUGCCUUGGUUGCUGCUAAUCCGUCCGGAUCAUGGUUCUUGGCAGACGCAGAUGAGUAUAGAUCCUCGCGGUUUUGCGUUUUCUGGCAACGCGAGUGUCUAUAA